CGUCACCGGGCAGGAAGCGACGCUCACUCCUCGGGGGGCCACCGAUACCGAGCGGCUUAUCGAUAUCGGGUGGCUUAUCGAUAUCGGGUGGCUUAUCGAUAUCAGGCGGUCUCGCGCGACUACCGAUCUCGAGAGGUCUCACACGGCUACCGAUCUCAAGCGGCUCAACGCGGCUAUCGAUCUCGGGUGGUCUCACGGCUACCGAUCUCGGGCGAUCUCGAGCCGCUAUCGAUCUCGGGUGGCUUAUCGAUAUCAGACGGUCUCACACGGCUACCGAUCUCGGGUGAUCUCGCACGGCUACCGAUCUCGAGCCGCUAUCGAUCUCGGGUGGCUUAUCGAUAUCAGACGGUCUCACACGGCUACCGGUCUCGGGUGAUCUGGAGCUGCUACCGAUCUCGGGUGGUCUCACGGGGCUAUCGAUCUCGGGUGGCUUAUCGAUAUCAGACGGUCUCACGUGGCUACCGAUCCCGGGAGGCAGUAACUCGCCCUCUUCUUCUUCCUUCCCACACUCGGCGUGAAGCCGGUGGAGACUUGAGCCAUGGCUGGCGAGUACACCAUGCUAGGCAUGGCAGUCUUGGCCCUGCUCCUUGCCGGUUACCUUGGACAGCAGUACCUGCCCCCACCAAAGCCUCGAAUCGUUGGUAUCGACCUGGGCACCACGUACUGCUCAAUCGGGGUGUACCAUGCUGGAGUGGGGGAGGUGGAGGUACUGGCCGACGCGGACGGGCGACGCGCCUUCCCCAGCGUCGUGGCCGCGGGCCCCGACGGCCAUGUCCUUGCCGGCUUUCCCGCGCUGCAGCAGGCGGCCGACAACCCGCACGCCACGCUCUACGACGCCAAGCGCUUCAUCGGGCGCGCUUUCUCACCUGGCGAGCUGGAGCGCGAGGCCGGGCGCUACCAGUUCACGGUGCGACAGGUAUCCGGGGAGGUGGUGUUCGUGCUGCGGGGACACGGGGGUGCGGAGCAGACCGUCACCCCGGAGUGGGUGGGCGCGCAGAUGUUGGAUCAGCUGCGUCUCCUGGCCGAGGAGCGACUGGGCCUGCCUGUGCGGUACGCCGUGCUCGCUGUGCCCGCAGAGUUUGACGAACGACAGCGCAACAGCACCAUCAAGGCGGCAACCAUGGCUGGCCUGGAGGUGCUGCGCGUGGUGAACGAGCCGACGGCUGCUGCGCUGGCGUACGGCCUGCACGAGGAGGAGAGCGUCAGCUCCGUGCUGGUCGUCGACCUCGGCGGUGGCACCACGGACGUGUCGCUGCUCACCAAGCAGGGUGGCAUGUUCUUCACACGCGCUAUGGCGGGUAACAAUCACCUGGGCGGGCAAGACUUCACACAGCGGCUGGUGGAGCACCUGACGGGGCGGCUGGCGGACCGGCACGGUGGUGGCCGACCCUGGGGCCGCGCAGACACGCAGCUCCUACGCGAGGCGGCCGAGAUGGCCAAGCUGGAGCUGACGCACAACGACAGGGCACGCGUGUCGCUCCGCCUUUCGCUGGCGUUCACGCCCGACAAUGGCACACAUCACACUGUGGAGAUGGAUGAGACGGUGACACGCCAGGAGUUCGAAUCACUGAAUGAAGACCUCUUCCAGAAGGUUAUGGAGCCAAUUGUGGAGGUGCUGAGGUCUGGGAGGCUUGUCGCAAAGCAGGUCGACCGCGUUGUACUGGUGGGCGGCUCGACGCGCAUCCCGCGUGUUCGCCGCAUGCUGGCCGACUACUUCGGCUCGGAGCCCGACACGAGGGUGGACCCCGAGCUGGCUGUGGUGACAGGCGUGGCCGUGCAGGCCGGUGUGUUGGCAGGGGCAUGGCCUUUGAGGGUGGGAGCCCUGGAUAUUCCCAAUAAGCACUUGCGCAAGGUGACGGUGACAUGACCAAGCGAUGGACUUGGCAUAUCCUCGUCACCGUGCUGGCGAUGGCAGUUCUACAGACAGGAGGGAACUAAAGGGCUCAAGUAAUUAAUAACAUUGUCCUCGUGUUAGCUCUAUUUAAAAUAUCUUUGAGUGGCAGGGGAGGUUCUUAAAUUGAAGGCAGUGAAUCACGAGGGCGAAUUAGUCAAUUUUCUCUGGCAAUCCUCACCGGCAACGCAAUUAUGAGCAACUAUAGCAACUUGGUUCGGCAGUGACAGGAGAUUUGUCAAUAAAGUCUUGAAAACUAUGGUUCAUGUGCAAUAAUUGGUAUACAAAGUGCACCUAACUUUUGAUCGUCAUGUGAACUGCCUUUCAUUGAUUGGAAAGUGCCAUCCCAGUUUCCCACUCGGGGGAGCAAUGGUCAAAUUGUUGAGAUUUGGGCAAAUCCAUGUUUUUAAAUGGAAAAUUAUACAGCAACUAUUGCCAGUGAAAAUUGACAAUUUCUUUUCAUUGCAUUAUGGCCAUUAAAUGAAUUUGAGCACUCCCCUUGGCAUCAUCAACCAUUUGCCGUUUAUAUAAUUGCCAUUUGGGGAAACUUGAAAAAACUAACAAUGACAGAUGUGUUUCUAAGUAUUUUUAUCAUGAGGCCUCCUUUGCCAGUAGCAAAAUAUAAUAGGUUUUUUACCCUUUUUUCUGGCUACAAAACCGACACCUUUUUACAAGGAAUCAAGUUUGCAUUAACCACAAUACCUUGCAGUCAAAAUGCAAAUAAAAAAACUGAUAAUGUAUGCAGUCCUUGAAAUGUAUUGGUCCAUACCAGACAGCUUUUUUUUCUCUGGUGUGGACCAAUCAAUUUCAAGGACAAUGCAUACAUUAUCAGUGUUUUUUGUAUGCAUUGACUGCAGGUAUUGUGGUUAAUGCAAACAUGAUUCCUUGUUAAAAGGUGUCAGUUUUGUUGCCAGAAAAAAUGGAAAAAAACCUAUUAAGUAUUUUCAUAUCUACCCAGUGUCAUUGUCAAAACAGUCUGAUUUUUGUCAAACCCCUUUACAGCCAUUUGCAUCUCAGGAUCUGGUGUGCCGGUUCCAUUACUUCUCGUGACCAAUUGUGAUUUUGGUUGCAAGGGUACACACGAUAUACGUGUUAUCUCGUGGCAAAAUAUGGAAACACAAAGACCACAAUUCUGCUGCAUUGAAUCCAUCACUUUUCCAUCUCCACUUUCACUGCAAGGUAACACAUUUGACAUACAAUGGCUGUAAAAGGGGUUAAUACAAUUACAACGCAACAAUACUUGCACAGUGUAUACUGCGGUUAUGGAUUCUCCACAGCCAACAGUGUUUUACUUCAUGGGAUGAGCGAGUAGCAGCAGCAGCGGUAUAAUACACAACGUGCAAUCUUACCAUAGUGGAGCUGUCCCUCGGCUACUGUGUAGGAGUUGGACGUCUCGAUCACAUUCUCACAAAUACACUGAAAUGUAAGUUUCAGUGAGCAAUGCGAUCCUUUAAAGAUGGAAUAAAUAAGUGAGGCCAUGUGUGCUGUUCAAUAAACAAGUGCGUACAGUAUUUUGAAAUGAACAGCAUUAAAUGGCCACUGUUGGUCGAUGGUCCAUAUUGUUUGUUUUGUUAUUUGUACACAGAACCUGCAUAUCGUGAGGUGAAGAUAAGUUUUCUGGAAGUGCAUAUUUAUAACCUUUAAGUUAAUUCACGAUUAUUAUCGUCAUUGAAUGUGAUCAAAAACAGUUGUUUGUCUUAUGGAAACGCGUUAAUUUAAAACUUGGUGGCCAUAUUGUAAAAAAUAACUAGGCACUGAUUUGAAAAUUAUCGAAGUGUAUGAAUAUCGUAUUUAUUAUGAUAUUUUUGUACAAUAACUGGAACAUUCCAUUAAAGCGAUUCAGAUGUA